AUAAGUACUGCAAGUGUGAAUGCUCCCAAAGACUCCAUUGACCGUUUGGAGAGUUUCUCAAAAUCGAGCUGGCGAGAUAAUAGCACAUGAGCUACCUUGUCUAGUGCCACCACAACGGAAGAGGGUUAAAAAGCAACACGGAAAGAGAAGGAAACAUGGACGCCUACCUGGACGUUUGCUUUGGAAAUGUAGACCUCUGAUGUAUAGGCAUAGCUCACCAGCAUGCCAAUCAUCUGUGGCUCAACUCCAUUGAUUGCCACCCGCUCCUGCUUGGACUCCUUCAGGUCAGUGGUGAACAUUGUCUGCAAGGGUGAAGAACACAGGUUAUCAGGGUGAACUAUUGUGAGGAAAUACAGUAUGUACCUGAAAGUAAGAGCUAAAGGAAGCCAGCACGAUGCGAUGACAGGGGAACUCCUGUCCGCCACAACACAGAGUAACAUCACAGAAAGCAUUGUAGAGCCGCAGGGUGUUGAGGCCCUGCAGGACGGUGUUGGGGUGUCUGGCCUCCACAAAGAGGUAGUCCUCGCCGCCCGGGGAGGCCGGAGCAGCCGGAGCGAUGGAGUCCUCCUGGGUGUUGCCAUUUAAAGACGGGGGGACCACCAAACCAGAGUUGACUUCCACAAGUUCAGACAUUUCGGGCUGCGACGAGGAAACCUGGGGGAAAACCGACGCUGCAAAAAUGUCCGCUAAUGGAAGCUCGAUUGCCGGACUGUUGUCUUACGAGACACUGGUUCACGCUGUGGCAGGUGCAAUGGGUAGCGUGACAGCAAUGACCGCCUUUUUCCCUUUGGACACAGCUAAGAGUCGACUGCAGGUUGAUGAAAAUCGAAAGUCAAAAUCCACCCCAGUCAUUCUGGCCGAGAUCGCCAAUGAAGAGGGCGUGUUGGCUUUGUACAGAGGCUGGUUCCCGGUCAUCUCCAGCCUGUGUUGCUCCAACUUUGUCUACUUCUACACCUUCAACACACUCAAGAGGCUGACAGCCACUGGGCCGCACCAGUCAAGACUUGGCAAAGACCUGCUCAUGGGCAUUGUGUCAGGAGCAGUGAAUGUGAUCCUGACUACCCCCAUGUGGGUGGUCAACACUCGUCUGAAGCUUCAGGGAGCAAAAUUCAGGAAUGAGGACCUUCAUCAGACACAGUACAAGGGCAUCUUUGAUGCGUUCUCACAGAUCAUAGCCAACGAGGGAGUGGGAACUCUGUGGAACGGCACUCUGCCUUCGCUCAUCCUUGUCGUCAACCCGGCAGUGCAGUUCAUGUUCUACGAGUCCAUGAAAAGGAGGGCAGGUCAAGGUGGGAGGAAGAUAUCUUCUGCAGAGAUCUUCGUCAUUGGAGCCAUCGCCAAAGCCAUCGCGACCACCGCUACGUAUCCACUGCAGACAGUUCAAGCCAUCCUGAGGUUUGGCCAGUACAAAGGUGAUGGGAAGAGCGGCCUGAUGGGGAGUCUGGCAAACAUUCUCUCCCUGCUUAUGGAUCGAAUCAAAAAGCAUGGCCCUCUCGGGCUCUACAAAGGCCUGGAGGCCAAGCUGCUUCAGACGGUGCUGACGGCCGCCCUCAUGUUUGUCGUGUAUGAGAAGAUCACCGCCGCCACUUUCAAACUGAUGGGCCUGCACAGGAAGCUCAAGCAGUGAACUGCAGACGUGGUUGCAACACUUGAGAGGUGGGAUUGGUGCCUUUUUUAAUGGAUACAGAUACCAUGAAACCAGAAAUAGGUGAAGUACAUUACAUACUUGCCUAUUUAAAAAAAAAAAAUAACGGUUUGGUUAGCUUGUUAAACCAACUAAACCUGAGAAAUAACACCUGAUUGCUGCUGCACGUGUAAUAAAACCAUUCCUCAUAUGUUAAG